UUUCACAAUAUUUAAUUUACCUCAGUAUUGGAGGCUUUCGUUAUCUACCUAUGUACGUGCACUGUGUAUAUAUUUAGCAUACCUGAUAUACUUCAGCGGUUACUUUUCUAUUUAAAAAAAAGCCAUGGGUUUCAAGGAUAAUGGAUUAUUUCUUUUUGUGAUUGCAUUAUGUCUAAGUCCUGUUCAGUGUAGUUCCGCAUCUGCUGGUGACAUCGUGGGGUAUGUCUUCUCUGGAAUAUUUGGCUUGGCCGCCCUCAUAACAUUAACGAAGUUCUUCUUUGCCAAAUUCUGCGGGUCAACUGAAGACAGCACGACAGUUAGACCAAGGCCUGACCACCUAAAUACAACUGGCACUGCUUCCGGGGAACCCCACACAUCCCUUGCAGCUGACGUCCAACCGCAGUAUCUGCAGGCGUCAGGACAAACCAUGCCAGGACAACCAAUGUAAUACGUGCUUGUUAUCACGUGACUUGGCAGCCUCAGUUUCGAUAUACAACCUUUACUCCAUUAAUUUUUGUCGAGGAGAUUUUGAUUGUAUGUUAUCUCUUUCUGACUGAAGGGAAAACUUAGAUACGACUUUGAAAUCAACCUACCCUUUUUACCAAACAUCACGACGACGGCCCUCUGUGCCUGAAGGGUUGUGACCCCCUGAUGCGGGGCACCAUUUAGUUUGAGCUUUGAUAUGACACAUGGACAUGUCCCCUCAUACAUAUUUUAGAUUUAAAAAAAUAUUUCUAAUGAU